AUGUCGAAGGAAUGCUCAGCCACAGUUAUCUCGAACUAUCGUUUUCUAUGGCUCAAUUUAAGCGAAUUACUUCAGUCUCUCGGAAACGCCUAUGCAAGAACCUAUUCGACUUACUGUAUUUUUAUGUUCGUAAAUAUUGUAAUAGCAGUUUAUGGUGCAUUUGCUGAAAUCAUGGAUCACAAAGAAGGAUUCCGGAUAUCAUACAAAGAGUUGGGUUUGAUUGUUGAUGGAGUCUACUGUUCUAUGCUAUUGUUUAUAUUUUGUGAUUGCUCUCAUAAUGCUACCCUUGGCGUUGCUAGGGGUGUUCAGAAAACUUUAUUGUCUAUAGAUUUAGAACAUUGCGAUAGAGAGACUAAAAAUGAAAUUGAUCAUUUUAUUAUUGCUAUUGAAAUGAAUCCAGCUAUCGUAAGCUUAAAGGGUUAUGUCAAUGUAAAUCGGGAACUUCUGACAUCGAGCAUUGGAACAAUCACUAUUUAUCUUCUGAUACUAAUUCAAUUCAAAUUUAGUUUGGAUAAAGGAAAAGCCUAAAAACAAACAUAUCACCGAUCAAUCCAACAGUGUCCAACAGUA